UGACGGUUUUACCCUCACCAGCCGUCGUAAAAUCCUCCCUCGGUCUCAUUUCAAAAUUCCGAAAAACCCGAUUCCGUCGCAGGGCUUUUCUCUCGCCGGCUCCACCAUGAGCUCCGUGACGGUUCUCCAAGACGACAAUCACGCUCCUCCUCAAGGGUUAGUGGUUUAAGGGAUUUCAAUCUAACGAACACAAGUGUGUGACAAAAUUCGAUUCCGGCAGAGGUUCAUCAGAUUCGUAAAGGAAAAGGGAAGGUUGUGAUGAUGAGGAGCAGUGCACAGAGGAGAAAACUUGCGGAUAUAAGCAACGUGAACAGAGAAGAAGAGACUCACCAGCAACAAUUCUCUUCCAAGGAUUAUGCUGAGAAGCUCCAAAAGGAGAACAUGACAUUGAUGAAAGCUCUAGCACACAGAAAUAAGAUCAUAGAGCUGAGCGGUGUUGAGUUUCAGAAACUGAAGAUCAGUUUACGGAAAGUGCAGGAGAAUAAUUUGCAGCUUGCACAGGCGAACACUCAUAUGCUGGCGGAACUCAAUGCAAGCAAAGACAGAGUGUGCUUUUCUGGAACUGAACUCAAGCUGCUUCAGCAUGAACUUGGCUGCAAGAAUGUAUUACUCGGGGUGAAGAGAACGCAGCUUGAGGAGCAAGAACCUUCAUGUACACAUCACCCAUCGAAAGAUAAGGUUCCAUCAAACGUCUCUGAUGGGGAUUGCAAACCCUUUCAGGGGCUUGAUAUGAAUCAUAAAGAUACCAAGAGAAAGCGAACGUCAAGGAUAAAAUCUUCAGAAAGCUCUAUCGUUAAGCCAAUACAGGUUAAAGAGAGCGCAAACAGUAGACGGUCCAGUUUCGUUUGCAGGAAAGUUUCUAGCGUCAUAGAUACUACUGUUAUCCCCGAAGUGACCUGUCAGACUGAAGAUGACGUUGAAAAGGGGGUUGUCUCUCAAGGGGAAAACCAAAUUGUUGACAAUAUUAUCAACAAGAAGUUUGUUGCAGCUAACCCCGUAAAAGACAGUCUGCAUAGCAAGAGGCUAUCCGUACGAAGGAAAUCUACCAGGUUUGCUGUUCAAGAAACUCAACAAACGGAAACACCGAUUGUGAUGGAUAAUGCCAAAGAAACUAAAGAAAUGGCAAGGCUCUCUUUGAGAAGACGGUCUGCUCGGUUGAGACCCGAAGAAGCUGAAGUUCCAUGUAAAAGCUUCCAUGAGAGAGGCGAAGUCAGGGAGACGACCAAGAGGAGAAGAGUCUCUUCAAGACAACAACAGUCUACAAUGUUUGAUUUCCAAGAGCCGGAAGUGAUGGAAACCUUGAAUGCUGAUGAUGCGGGCUUAGUAAGCCAAGGAUCAAGAUCUGAAGCUGUAGAACCAUCUAUAAGCAGUCAUGAGACACAAAAUAUAAACGGGAAACGCAGAGUCUCGACGAGAUUCCAGUCAACAAAGGGUAUAUCUCAGACAGCUUCAGACACCAAUGGAGCCGUGACAGACCCGUCUCUGAGCAUCAACAUGGUUCAAGAGUGUGAUCUGUUACCAUCAACGGUGUCUCAAGGGGACCAUGAAAGAGAAUCAAAGAACAAGCCUAGAGCUGAAGAAGCCGAAGGAAUAACGAGAAGAACAUCUGUGGGAAGAAGACCAUCGAGACAUGCAGCAGAGAAAGUUCAAUCAUACAGAGAAGUCUCCCUUAAAGUGAAAAUGCGGCGAAACUUCUGAAUCUCCAGCAUUCUCUUGGCCUCUUUGUGUUCUUAAAUAUGCAAAGUUGUUGUUAAGAAGCUUAUUUCAUAGUGCUUUUGUGUACCAAGUCAAUAUUAUCUAUAAAUUUCAAAAAUUUAUUCAUCUA